AUGGAUCCACUUACAAUCACGUCUACGGUCCUGGGCAUCUCCGCUCGUUGUAUUACUUCGGCACGCGCACUCUACGAGUUACGAGAGAAGUACAAGGAUGCAUCCAUGACCAUUACAGCAAUCUACAGCGAGACCAAUGUUCUAUCAACUUCUUUAGCACAUAUCCAAGGACUUUGCACAAGAAAUCCGGAGGCUCUGCGAACGACUUUACAAGAACAACCCCAGCUUGAGGCGACUUUCGACCAGGCGUUGACGGGAUGCGUGCUUGUGUAUUCCGUUCUAGAUGAAGAAAUCAGGCGACUGUACGAGGGAAUCCGCCAAGAGGGAGUUGCAGGAGCGAUGGGCAGAAUGAAAUUUCUCUGGAAGGAAGAAGCGAUGAAAGAUGUGCUCAUGCAAAUUCGAGGGCAACAAGCCGGAUUAAGCCUGUUGAUACAAGCACUCCAGAUGAGCUCCAUUCAUGAGAUCAGAACCCUCAUCCAAGCAAACAUGGGCACAAUGCAAAAUGCUGCACAGCGCCUAGGUCAAUUCAGGAAUGCAAAUGCUCAAGUCAAAGCACCAAGAUCUAUCUUCGAAAAUGCAUUUGACGAUGUGGCCAGUCUCUACUCCGUGGACUCCGCUGCGACUUCGACCAAUUUCAUUUUCGACGAUGUGGUCGUUAACUCACAGGCCUACCGGCGUGCGUUGGCCCAAUCUCGAAGCAGCGUGGCCCUUGGAACCCUCGUAGAACAGUCGGAGACGUCAUCAGAUGCUGACACGAUUGUUGAUACUCCACUCUCACGUACAGCAUCAAAGUAUAGCCUUCCACCAACCUUGGGGCGUCGACUCUCUCCAGCCGAAAGUGUGAUACUGCAAGACUGGAUCGAGAAGGUCUCCGAGGAUGCCUCUGGGAAGCAGCAUUUGGCGGAGCUCGAGAGCUUGAAAGCCGAGCAUGCGACAUUGGUGACAAAGUACAGGAAUGUGAAGAGGCUCUAUUUUGAUGGCCAGCGGCAAAAGGAAGAGCAGAUCAAGGAGCAAGAAAUGCUUGCUGCAGAGUAUAGUCGCGUCGUCAAUGAGAAAGCCGAAUUCGAGAAAGAGAAUGACCACUUACGUGAGGAUGCGGAUCGUCGUGCCGCAUUUUUCGUCCAGCACGCAGACAAGAGGAAACUUCUUGUCGAGAGUCAUUCUAAGGAACUCAAUCUGAAGAACGCAAAGAUAACUGAACUUGAAGGGAAAGUCACUUCGGAGAACACGGCCUUCAGUCAACUAUUAACACGGAGUAAUGAACAAAAAGCUACUAUCCUCCAGUUAGAGUCAGAGCGGGAUCGUUUGCAAUCGCAGGGAAGAUCUCUAUCUGACAGCCACAAGAAUCUGGAGGACAUGUGCGAUCGUUUGAAAACUGAGAAUGAGGAAAAGGAACUCAACUUACAGCGCUACAAGGGAUUUGAAGCUAUAAUUGAACAACUGAGGACACUAUCACCGGCACCAGCAAGCCCAAGGACACCAUCAGCAAAUCAGCAGAGUCUUUCACCGGGAACUUCGCCAAGAGUUUAA